AUGUUACAGCUGGCAUUGAUGCUGCUGCUGAGUACCGCAUCGGCAAUUGUUGUUGAACGCAACAUGUUUGCGUACUAUAAGGUGCCUUUGCGACUGCUCGACUUGGCCAAGCGGCAUGAAAACGAUUCCUCGACUGCCGGCCUCUACUAUGUACUACAGUGCCCGCCCAAGCUGGACGACAUCAUACCCAAGCCCAGGGACAUGCAGACCUGCCAUGUGGUGGACCACUACAGAGAUAUGUCCCGACACUCCAGAUACAAAACGAAAAAGCUUCGUCCUGCUCGUACUUACCUCAUGCCACUGCCGCCAACAACCGUUAAACGUAUGCGCUGGGGCUGGCGCCAGCGGCGCAGCAAACGACACAACCAAGCCACAGCGCCAACAGAGGAUCAGGCUACACCACUGCAAUAUCUGGGGCAGUCUCAUAGCCGCCAAAAGCUGCUCAAAUUGGCCGCGGAUCAUAGGAAAUUCAAGCGGGGCAAUAGCUCCAAGGGCUACCAGCACAUGUACCAUCGCGAUGAGGUCUACAACGAUCACAUCUUCUACGAUGAGCUCCACUCGGAUGGCCAGUUCCACAAUCAAGGCCAAACUGAAAUUGGAAACUAA